AUGGUCACGCCUACAGAAAUUUGUGGUAACUCACAUGGGAUGAAGGUAGUGGAGAAGAGUUUUUCUGUGGAGAGGCAGGUGAUAAGCGUAGGAGGGAAACAAUAUUGGAUGUUCAGAGAACCUUUUUUGUUCUUUUAAUCAAGAAUUAUACUUGGGAGAAAAAAGGUAAUAUUCAAAAGGAUGUUUGAGAACUUAUCUAUCGUUAUCAUGAAAAGAUCAAUCAGGAACAUAUUUCGGUAGCCUGUGGAUUGGAAUCAGAGGGCUAUAGGUUUAUUAAGGUUUUUUUUAUUUUCUUCAUCUUUUUGAAUUCAGUGAAUCACUUACUUAAAUUCAUUUUUUUAGAUUCAAGCUAUGAAACUGUGAAAAGUAAACUCUGACGUGCUUUGCACUUUUUGCGCCAAAUUUAUUGUUCAGCAGACGCAGUAACCUCAGUCAAACUUUUGGGAAAACCUAAUGACUUAUGGGAUUAUUUUUCAAAAAAGUUCACAUCUGUACCGAGAAAUUUGGCUCGAAAUACGUGGAUAAAAGUGCUCUUUUUUUUGGUUGAAUAAGCUUCAAAAAAGAGGACUCGAUUUCGGAAGAGGAUUUUCCUUUUGAAUACUCAGGAAUAAUCGCCAGUUGCUAAGCAAAUAACGCAAAAAAGAACAAUAAAAUUGGUCGAAAUGCAUGUUUCAGGCUCGACUUGAAUAUUUUCAAUCGGAGGAAGGCGAAAUUUUGAAGAGAGGACAGGAUCAAGCUGGAAAGCUUUUGGAGUGGUAUAAAGAACGACUGCUUUCAAUUCAGAAGAAAGCACGUCUUCUCCAACAAGGCAUCGUUGCAUUGGUGAGAAUAGUUGGAAGCUUAUUUUCAAAAAUAUUCUCACAACCUUAAUGUCAGUAGAACUGAUUACCAAGUUUUAGAACUUUGAAAACUAGAACAGUUUACUUUUUCAAAGAACUUGGAUAUUUUGAUUUUCGGUCAACUUCCUUCAACAGUGUUAUAACUACUCUAACUUCAUGAAUCCUAGUAGCCACAACUUCUUUCUACUGGGACAGAAAUCGAUUCAAUAAGAAGGCUUUCAAAGCAAAGAUGAUAGUCAUCAAUAACACUGUAUGUUCCCAAAUCCAUCCGAAAAAUUUAUUCAAGAAGUAAAUCUUCAAUAGUACACGCUGACGUGGCUGAAUAAGAUCGUGGAGUUCCUGGUCGGGAAACUACGGUAAAGCAAAAAAAAAUCGUUCAGCCCACGCUUCAGUCAGCAGAAACAUAAAAAAAACACAAAAUUUGUAGUGAGAAAAGGUAUCGGAUACAGUAUCUGUUUUUUUCGUAGAAUCGUGUAACGUGCUGUCAACUACAAAUGCAUGUUGUAGCCUUUGUUUGCAAUCGCUGCCUUCCUCAAAUCCAAUCGUUUCGCUUUCAAUGUGAAUGAAGCAUCAAGAGAAAAAAAUAAUCAGGAAAUUUUCGUUUCAGGACCCCGCUGUUCACGAGCAAAAACUCAACUUUCUCAGAGCGCACACCACGGAACUCAAUCGAAGAAUAGUCGCUCUGAUGGAUACGAGUGAUAAAGGAUUCCCAACUCAUCAUUCCAUUCCUGUAAGAUCUGAAAUGAAAAGAUAAUGGAAAAGAGAGAAUGAAAGUCGACAGAAUAAUUUGAAACAGAGAAACACUUUAAAAAAUGGACUCGAAAGGAUUGGAAACCGGAGUUUCAAGGUUUUGGAAUAAUUACUGAAACCAGGAGCACCUCACAAGUCAUUUCUUUGCGGUUGAGAUUCUCCUGAAAGAUGGUCAGAACGGUUCUUGAUGUACCAGAAAAAGAUUCUGAGAGUCUCAACUUGCACAACUUCCUCGUUUUCGAGAACGGAGGGCUCAAAGCCAAACAAAACCUUUAAAAUCAGUCAAAAAAGCCAUUUUGAGGUUUUUAGCCCUUAUUACUCGAAAACUAGGAAGUUUUACAGGUUGAGGCUUUCAAAAUCUACUUCUGAUACAUCUACAAGUGUUCUGGCCAUUUUUCAGGAAUCUUCCAACUGCAAAGUGAAAUGACCUCCCAUGUCAAAGAAAAAAAGUUCUUUAAUUUACAUGACAAAACGAAAGUUGCUUUUUAAAUUAUCAAAGUUCUUUUUUAUUCUUCCAAAGCUUUUUUUGACGGAAAUAUGAAAAGCUGCUGAAUGUAAAUUAGAAUUUCGACGUUUCAGCCGCAUAAUGAGCCUUUUUCAAAUGCAAAAAAACAGCGUUUUUGAGCAGGUUCGAGUUGUCGAAAUUCAUACGAUUUCAGCCCUUGAGUCAACGAACCACACUAAAAUCUGAGUUUACUGUUUCAAAUAUCUAAUUUAAAUACUCUGAAUAUGAUUUUUUUUUUAUGAAAUUGAUUUUUUUCUCUUACAGCCAUCGACAGCCGUUUCGGCGAACGGCGACCAACUUGCUUGGCUGCACCGUCAAAAUCGACGAUUGAAUCAAGUUCGGAAAAGUCAAUUAUCAUUAUGAUGAAGAUUUUUCUUCAGGAACUGGCCGAGAAAACUCAAAUCAUCGAUCAACUCAAGAGGGAAAACGAGCAAGCGAAGAAAAAGCAGUUUGUGGAAAGGUAGAAAUUUUAUUUCAACUUUUUUCAAGAAUCACGCUGAACAUCUACAAUCCUGUGAAGGAUAAUAUGAGCUAGAAAACUCACGGGUUGAACUUUAAUUUAACGUAAAAAAAAUCAAAAAAAAACAUCACCGAAAAUGACAUAAAUCUGCAUAGAAAACGAUAUUUUAACUUUUUUCUGUGAGAAGAGUUAAGAAAAAAAAUUUCGAGCCUUGUUUCCAAUAAACCAACCGAAUCAAAAAUUCAAAACUUUCCAGAAAUCCGCCAGUUCUCAGACCGUCCGCAUUUGUGCGUCCUGCGUACCAGGUCCAUACCGUACCCCCGCCAAACACAUCCCCUAACAAAAUAUACGACACUCUUAUGUGA